AUGGAUGCGGAUGGCUGUAACUGGAAUACUCAGGUUAUAGACCAAAAUUUUCUUCCUUAUGGCAAGGAAAGAAUCCUUCAGAUUCCAAUAGGAACUAACGAUGAUCAGGACUCCAUCUUGUGGAUGGCCACCAAAGAUGGCAAUUAUACUGUUAAGUCUGGCUGUCACUGUAUUCUUAAUCAGUACUCUAGUGAUCAGCCUAGUGGCUCUGACAGAGAUAAGAUGAAGAAUAUGUGGCAGAUAUACUGGAAGGUCAAAGUGCAACCUAAGAUUAAGACUCAGAUCUUUAAUGUCAUCCUUGAGAACAAGACUGUUGUUGCAGGAGGAGGCAGUGAUAGGAAACUUGGACAUAUGGUCCAUGGUGAGGCAACCUUUGGGAGAAGGCGGGGCUGGGGAAGACAAUUAGUUAGUGAAGUGUGCAGCAGCCGCAUGUGA